AUGGUAAAGUUUCUGCUGCUUGCUUUGGCAUUUGGUCUGGCUCAUGCUCAGGCUGAGCUUGAAGGAAAGUGGGUUACCACUGCCAUCGCUGCUGACAAUGUGGACAAGAUAGAGGCAGGAGGACCACUGAGACUCUAUGUUCGUGAAAUUACUUGCACUGAGGCAUGUAGUAAAAUGGAAGUCACAUUUUAUGUCAAUGUGAAUAACCAAUGUUCUCAGACCCAAAUCACUGGGUAUAGGCAAGAAGAUGGCAACUACAGAACCCAGUUUGAAGGGGAUAAUGUAUUUAAACCUGUGAGUGCAACAGAAGACAACAUAGUCUUUACCGGUGCGAAUGUGGAUAGAGCCGGCCAGACAACAAACUUGAUUUUUGUUGUUGGAAAAGGUCAACCUUUGACUCCUGAACAACAUGAAAAACUUGAGGCAUAUGCUAAGGAACGUAGCAUUCCACCAGAAAACUUUCAAGAUGUUCUUGCUACAGGACUUAUGGUAAAACGGAUGUUAGGAUCCUACCCACUGAUGUUGAUCACAGCAGAAUCAGGUUUCACUUCCACCAACAAGGGCCAAGUGCAGCCAUUUCUCGUGCUGAUUUUGAUCACAGUUGAAUCAUUUUUCACUCCCACCAACCAGGACCAAGUACAGCCCUUUCCCUGCAUCAUAGACAAAAUCUCUAAGGAGAUUCAAGUUUAUUUCUGUGAUGGCUAA